AUGAGCAGUGAAAAUGAAAACGCAAGUUGUGAGGUUUUAGAGAGAGAAAAUGGAAGAACAAGUACAAGAGAUGACAUUUCCAGUUUCGGAAAAGCACUUGCAUCGAGAGCCAUUUAUGGUUCAAGCAGCAGCAGCAGCAGCAACCGCCGCACUGGAAGCAGCAGGGAAGCCAGAACACAACCCAGUAGGCUAAGUAAGGUUUCCUUGGCUGACGAUCCCAAUAUUAAUUCACAAUGA